UCACAGACCUGGACUCUACAUCAAAUCACUGAUCUAGAUCUUUAUUUACUAGAUCUAUACGGUUUUAAUAUAGAUCUAGUAACUAUACCAUAUUGUCCAUAUCUUGAAUCUAUAGCAUAUAGGCUAUUUUAGGACACUAUAGAAGUGCAAUAAACGUUUCGAGUAUUAUGGGCAACCGAACCUCCAAAUCAAGGAAAAAGCACACUGCGGCAAAUAAACUUGAGUUUUAUGCAAGAUUGAAAGCUGCUCAGGCUGGUCAUGAGGUAGACAUGUUUUCAUUCGGCAGCUGGUGUCGUCAGCAGAGGUUUGUCUGUGGGUUCUCUGAUAAAGCAGACUAUACCUCUAACAGACAGUCACUGCUGCAAAUGAAUAGUUCCUUUAAUAAGCCAGACACCACAGAGGGACGCUUCUUUCGAUGUGGUUUCAAGACCAGAAGUGAGCUGAUGUUAUAUGAGAAAGAGUCUCAGAGGUGUGUGAGUGUCAAGCUUCCUCGUGAAACUUGUCCAGAGAUGACCGCCUAUCUUCGCAACCACAGACCAAGACGGCGGAGACGAAGCAUUCGGUCAACACGUGUUGUAGCCUAUCAUGAUGGUAGUGCACUUAUUCAGAUCAACUCUGACCGUCAUCCCCCCUUCACCAAGUUCUUUAUCAUCAACCUGGAGCAAAGAGCUUGUUGCGGUCAAUUCAUUCUGUACAGCAGCCUGCGGAGGUGGUUUGAGGUGUAUAUUUCGCCCAGCUCCACACACAUAGUCCUGCGUCCAGAUGUUCGCUAUCACUUUCAGGCUAAUAUCAAUUACCAUAUUCAGUUUAACAAGUGCUAUUCUGAUGGACAGCCUUUGGUCAUCAGCAAGGUCCAGGUGUUCCUGGCCCACCACAGCUUGACUUACAACACAAAGCUGGGGGAUGAGCAUAUCAUUGCAGCAGGAGACAGGGCUGUCAAGAUUUACAGAACCGAGGACUGGUCAAUGACAGCGCAACAUUCAAUAUUUAGCUUUAACGCAUCCAUCCAACAAAUCAGGUCAAGUCCAACUGGAGAUUAUUUGGCAGCUAGAUACAAUUAUCUGGCAGAUGGCUGCAACUACAAUUGUAUUGUUAUUCUGAGCUAUCCAGACUUCCAAAAAAUCUUCCAAGUGGACAUCAGAGGAGCAUACUGGCCGAUGUCAGAGUUGGUCAAUUUGAACAUUUUCCCAAGAUUUUCUCUAGGGGAGUCCUGCUUAGCUGUCAUCAAGCAACAUAACUUUGGUCGGAAAAUUGUCAUUUACAAAUUGCCAGUCAAGGUCUGCUCACUCCAGGAUAUGUGUCGUCGUGCCAUCUUACACCUGGUCUCACCCAUUGAGACAUCCAAGCUUCCCAUUCCUGUAUCCCUGCAGCGGUACCUUGUUAUGCACUGCACAUGAACUGAGCUUUGCCUGGUAUAGCCCCUGUUGAGCUGCUUCGGUUGGUACGGCCCAAGUUGUGCAGCACAAGAGUUGACUUGCUGGUACUAAAUGCUGCACGCUAGGUGAAUUUGGCUGUAUGCAGCUGCUAGACUUAAUGUCACUAAACAGUGAACUAGUUUGUUACUUGAGAACAUGUACUGUUAUCGUUAGACUAGUUUUUACUGCACUAGAAUGAGAGCAUGAUACUGAAUUCAUGAUCUAUUUUUUAAAUAAUUUAGCUUUAAUUUUCUGUAAUAUUUUUUAAAUACCUCAUAGGGCUCAGCAAUAAUUCAAUAUGUAUAUGUAUUUUAAUAACACAUUCAAUCUUUUUACUACUAGAAAAUUGUUUUGUUUUUAACCAACACAGGUCAUGGAACUUUAUACAGUUGCAGGUGUCAUGAAAUUCAAGAAGACAUGCUGCUUAAUAAAGAAAACUAAAUAGUGUAAUAAGCAAAGCAAUAUUAUUUGAGCAGUUAUAAAUGGAAUAUACAUCUAAUAAAUAAUGGUAUGUCAACAAGAAGUCUUGAGACAAAAACUAAAAUAUUCUUUCAAUAUGUUUACUAAAAUAAACAUAAAAAAUUUAACUGCUGAAAAACUUUUAUGUAAAUUAAUCUUUUAGUUGAUGACCUAAUUUAAGAUAUUAGUUUUGUGUUGAUGCUAUUCGAUAAACAAACAAACAAUGUCAACAAUAAGACAUUUUUCACCUUAAUGAUGUUAUUGAAAGAUAAGACUAAUUAUUUGAGAAGAUAAUUCAGUAAUAUUGAUUACUUUUGAUAUGUACAAUUGAAGUGUGAAUCUGAAAAUAUUUUUAUAAAGUUUACUGUAUUAGAAUUUCUUUUUAUUGUUUGAUUUGUUUUAAGGAUAAUAGAUCAAGAUCACUGUAUUAAAACUUCUUUUUAUUGUUUGAUUUGUUUUUUUUAAGGAUAAUAGAUCUAAAUCUAGUGCUAUCAAAUACAAUCCACAUAUGCACAUAAUAAUUUUAAAAAAUGUUUAGUUACUUUUAUUUAAAAAAAAAAAAAAACUCCUAGAGAGAAUCAAUUUAAUUUAAAACAAUAUUCAGUCAAUCAAUCCUUCUGAACAAAAACAUGCUCAUGAAGUUUUUAAAUUGAUAUUAAUUUUAGAAUGUUUAAAAAAAUAAUUUUUUGGUUAAUAUGUAGUGAUUUUAAUAUCAUUAUUAUAAUUUCAUAUCAAAAUUUUCUGAAAAGUGCAUAGCAAGGUCAAUAGUUUAGCAAAUAAAGUGAUUUUAUAUUUUGACAUCAUUCACUUUCAUUUAUUUCUUUUUUAGAUUAAAUUCAAUUUGCUUCAGUAUUCAAAAGUGUAACAAUUUUCUGGUAAUUAAAGUUUAUUAUAGACUUAACACCCUUUAAAAAUUGUACAAUAGUCUGACAAAUUUUUCACAUAAAUUAUUAUUAUAGGCUGUAAACGUGUGCUGUAAACGUGUGCACAAACUUUAAAUAGACAUUUUAUUCAAUUUCAGAAAAUUUUCAAUCUGGUCUGUUUUUCCUUUUCUGUACAUUCUAUUGCAAUAAAAUUUAGAUUAUUAAUGUGACUGUAUAAAAUAGUUAUCUUUUUAAAAUAUUUAAAAAUUACUUUGUUCUAAUGAGCACAAUUUAGUAUCUAUUGAUUUGUUUAUAGCACAAUGAUUUACAGUACUUAUACACUUUAUUUUAUGUGUACAUUUUUAACUGCAUUUCUACCUACCUGUGCUAGGUUUAUAUUUACUAAGUUUAAGAGAAAAAAAAAAUCAUUGGCCAUAAAUGGCAUUUACAUUAGUUUGAUGCUAAGGGAUGUUUUCAAACUGUAUUUCUUGUAUUAGCCAUUGUUGUUGUACUUGAAAGAUUUUUUUUUAUAAAGUCUUGCCAUCCAUUUUAUUUAUUGAAUUUUUUAAAGAAAUAUGUAAUUGACAAUGUUUCUUGGUACAGUUGAACUCUGUGGUAAAUAAAUGUCACUGACACUAUUUGUUGGUCUAGAUUGACAGUUUGAGUGUUAUGGCAACUUGAUUGACAUGAUGAUGAAUGGUGAUCUUUAGUUUUGUAUCUUCUGCUAUCUAAUUGGGUAGUUCAAUGACUUCCAGUCUGUUUCAAUGUCUAUUUUCGAAUUUAGACAUUUUUAAGAUGCCUCAUGUUGACCUCAAUUCUUUUUAGUAAAAUACUUUUAUAUAACAUCUUGGUAGCCCUGUAAAUGACAGCUUCCCCCCUGCUUUAUUUCUGGACCUGCUGAUACUUUCAUAGUUCACUGGUCUUUCCUAAAAUACUUAUCAUUCAGUAGAAAUUUUGUAUUCACUUUUGAAAAUUCUUAUAAAAAGAGUAAGACCAUUAACUUACUAGGGAAAAAGGAAGUACAAGUUUUGUGACUUGUCUUGUGAAUGACUAGUUUUGUGACUGACUAGUUUUGUGACUUGUUACACUAAAGUAAAGUAGAAUCUUUUCUUGCUGAUAUUUAUGUGAUCAAAGACUUAUUUACAUGUAAGCAGAAGUGGGUGUACUUUUCUUCUGUUUUAGUUUUUUAUAUUUGGAGCUAACUUCUGUGUUGUUAUUUGCAAUAUCAUAUUUGUAUUUCACAUUAUCUGUCUUUCAUUAUUUGUCAGUAUUUUUGGGACAACAUUUGUAGAAUUAUUUGUAUGAAAAUGUGCACAAGUUUUGCUUGUCAUCUCUACAGUAUAUUAUGUAAGACAAGGUAAAAAGUUGGCAGCAUCAUGAACAGUGGUGAAAAGAAAGUUGUCAUUUAGAGUCAUUUAGUUCAUCAUCUAAUAGGUAACUCUUAUAAUAUGUUUGCACUACGUGAAAAUAUUUCAAUUUUCUUUUUGGUUUCAACUUUUUACCUCUUCUUUAAAUUAUUAUUAAGUUAUCCAUCACACUGGUUCACUGUCUAAAACUGGUUUACAAACUAGAAAAAAAAAUUAUACAUGAAUUCUUUGCUUUUUUCUUUUAAGUUUUCUACCUUGUCCUAAAUAAACUGUUAAUUUAAGGGAUAUUCUAAAUUAUAUAAUAUUUAAGUUGUUUUUCAUUAUUGUACAUUUACCAAUAUACAAUUUGUGAUGGUCAAUCAAUUAGAACAACAUACUAAUAAGUGACAAAAAAACACUAUUUAAAUCAUUCCAUUAUUUUUAAAAAGUAUUUUGUGACCAUUCUCUUCCCCCGAAGCAAUGAUAUUAAACUUUUUAAAAAAUUUGAUACAACAAUUUUUUAUGGUACUAUUUAUUUGGAGAACAAAUUUACAUAAAUAAAUAACUAACAAGGAUUUUGAUUAUUAAUAUUGUUUGAUUUUUGUUUAAGUGCAGCUUUUGACUUGAAUACUUUAUAGACUGUACAACUGAAGCAGACUUCACAUUUUAUUUCAUAGCAUGUACAAGAAGUAACAAACCCUGAAAUGCAUAGAUAUUGCACUUGAAAUGUUUGUUUUUUAUAUAUAUAUAUAUAUAUUAUUUACAUUUUAAUAAUACUAAUAAUAUGGCUUGUCUUCGAGUCGGAAGAUUGAUGAAGAGUGCAGUAUUUCAUGUUGCAACGCAGUCCCAGCUGUGACUUUUUCAUUUUGACACAUCAAGCACAGAAUGUUACUGGUGAUAUAUAUUAGAUUUAAAAAUAUGAUUAUGUACAAAUUUAGCUAUAAUUGUUUUCUUGUAAAUUAGAUAACCAUAGUGAUUUGAAUCUUUUCUGUGAAUACUUUUGCUUUUAUAACCAUUUAAAAAUAUACCUGAAUAUUGGAGGUAAGCUCAAUAUAUUGUGUUUGCAAAUAUAUUUUUCUUAGCAGGAAUUCCUUGUGUCUACAUUUUUUUUACACUAUCAUUUUUUUUUUUACCUUUUUUUAAAAUUUCUUUUAUCUGAACAAAUAUUUUAUACUGCUUUACUAAUACUUCAUAAUGAAGUUAGAUUAUCAUUUUGCAAUAUAAUUUAUAUACAUAUGACUAUAUCAUAAUUUCUGUUUUUUUUUUAAAGUAUUUUCCUAUAUAUGGUAUUAGUUCGCUUUCACAAUGAUCUGUGUUUAUAAUAUCAUUGCCAUAAUAAUUUGCUAGCAUUAUUUUUAUAUUUUGAAAAAACAUUCUUUAUUAUGUUGCGUAUUAUCUCCUAACAAUAUAUUGUAUCUCUACUAAGAAUAAUAACUUGUCAAUAAUCGUGCCAUUUAAUAGCUCAGUAUUUGAAACCUCUUAAUCUAGUUUAAAAAGGUAUUACAAUCUCUAUUUACUUUCAGUAUUGAAAAGUUGGAAACAUAUUGUUUUUUUUCAAUCACUUUUUAACUGCAUAAUAAAGUUUAUUGUUGAACUGCAGGAUCUGUGAAUGCUGUUUGAUGGACAGUCCUUUAAGCUGUUUUUUUAUUUUAAAUCUAAGCGUGAGGCUUAAAGUUACCACUUAAUGUACUUGUAUUACUCCAUAUCAAUCAAAUGUAGCUGCAUGUACACUUAGCUUUAACAACACAUAUCAUCAAUAUUUGAAUUAUUUCAGAGCUUCCAAUUUCAGGCUCCCUACAAACGUAAAGACACCAGCCAAUGCUCACAUUGUUAGGCACAGAGAUUCACUCCCCUUAUGUGUCUUUAAAAAAAAACAAAAUUAAAAAAAAAUUCAUGUAUUGUAUCACUUAUCUAUAUAUAUUGUUCUACUAUUUAAUUUAAUUUUUUAGUUGUUAUAGUUGGAUAAAAAAAAAUAACACUGUGUUUGCUCACUUGAUUGGUAUAACAGAUACAUAGGUUCUAUGAACUAAAAGAACUGAUAAAGGAUGUUAAAGCUGUUUUUUUUAAGCCAGAUUUGCCAUACUUUAUGCAUUAUGAUGUUAUCUUUUUUUUAAAGUUAUGUUUUGUAUAUCUACAUAAUUAAUUUGAUAUACUUUUGUAAGGUAUUCAACAUACAAAUUAACAACUUAAAAAAAAAAAAGAAAGAAAGCAUUAGCAGUAAACUGUAAUGAAUAGCUAGUUUUUUUUUGCGAACCUCAAUAAUCUUAAUUAUACAUUUGUUCUCAUGUUUCCAUUUGUCUUCAUUCAGAGUAAAUUUAAAAUAUUGACAGCAAUAAUACAUGAGUAAUAAGACAUGAUCUACAGCUAAAGACUUUGGUUACAAAUGAAAUAUUAGAAUGAAGGCUGCUUCAAGGUCCACCCAGUUCUAAUAGCAACAUGUUUUGUUCAGAUUAAACACUGUUUUGUCCAUUAAGUAACAUGUGCACUGUAAAUCAUGACAGCUGUGAAUUUGUCUACCAUGUGUAAUGUUUAGAAUGAUUUUUUUUUUACUCUUGUCCUUACUUUGUGAGAUUGUGUUGCUUUAGAUUCCAUUACCAAAAAUUUAAAAAAAUGAAUUUACUAAGAGAUGACAGGGCUCUAGAUUAAUAUUUCCUUUAUUAAUAAACCUAGGCGAACAUGUUUCAUUCUUUCAAAUGUGGACAUACAACACUUACAGCAGGGCCGGCUUUAGGCAUAGGCAAACUAGGCAGCUGUCUAGGGCCUCCAAUUGGCGGGGGCCUUGCACAUGAGGUUUCAAUUUAAAUAUUUUUUUUUUUUUAUCUUGUCUUUUCAGAAAGAAGAAAUACUGCGUACACUAGGUUUUUAAUAAAUUACAUAAUUUUUUUUUUUCGCUGUUUAUUUUUUAUUUUUCUAUUUCAUAAGGGCCACCAAAUUCAGUUCCCCUAGGGCCUCCAAUGAGCUGAAGCCAGCCUUGCAUACAUCAAUAGCAUAUUAAUGGGCAAAACUAGGAUUGCAUAAAUAAUUGAGAUCAAACUAAUUCUCCAUUAUUUCUCCAGCUCAAACUGAAUGAGCAAACACAAUUCAAACUGAAGCUUGGAUACUCUCUAGAUAUAGUUGAUGUUACACUCUAGUUACUUCUGUAAACUAGUUUAGAGAUUAAAUGUGAGCUAAUCAUUUGUUGUGUACAUUAUUGCAGAAGUUUAUCAUUAAAAAAAAUAAAUUUAGGCAAUAUUA